AUGAAGAAGCUCGUGAUCAAGCCGUACCGUCAGCACUUGGGCAUGGACCACACGCGCGCGCACGAGAUCUGGGCGUCGCUCCGCACGGCCAUCUACGAGAUCUUUUCGCACAACGCGAGUCUCUUGUCGUUCGAAGAGCUCUACCGCAACUCGUACAACCUCGUGCUGCACAAACACGGCGACGUGCUGUACAACGGCGUCGUGGGCGUCAUCACGGAGCACUUGGAGACCGUCGCGCAGCACGUUGCUGCGGUCACGGACGAGCUGCUGCUCGUCACGCUCAACCAGCAGUGGCUCGACCACCAGCUCGUCAUGACAAUGGUGCGGGACAUCCUCAUGUACAUGGACAGGACGUACGUCACGCAGAAGCGCAAAGUGCCCGUGUACGACAAUGGCCUCUACAUCUUUCGCGACGUGAUUGUCCGCCACGACAGCGUGCGGGACCGCUUACGGGCUCGACUGCUCUAUAGCAUUGAGCGCGAGCGACAGGGCGAGCUGAUUGAUCGCGACCUGAUGAAGAGCGUGCUCCGGAUGCUCGUGGACCUCGGCGUGCACGCGAACACAGUGUACGAACACGACUUUGAACAGGCGUUCCUCGAGACGACGCUCGACUUUUAUCGCGCCGAAGCGCAAACGAUGCUGGACGUUGCCACGUGUCCCGAGUACUUGGAGAAAGCUGAGCAACGACUGCAUGAAGAAGGCGCGCGGGUAUUGCACUACCUGAAUGUCUCGACCGAGCACAAGUUGAAGACCAUUGUCGAGACGCAGUUGAUCAAGAACCAGGCCAAAGCACUUGUCGAUAUGGAACACUCUGGAUGUGUCGCUCUCUUUCGAGAUGGAAAGACACUGGCACUGCGCAGGAUGUACUCGCUGUUUCGGCGCGUGCCGAGCACGCUACUGGAGAUGAGUGAUUGUGUGUUGCAGUAUAUCAAAACUCAUGGCGAGGAAGUCGUGAAGACGCAGUUGUGUCCCGAGACAUCCGUGGAUGCGUCGCAGUUUGUAGGCAAACUGCUUGGUCUGCGUGAAAAGUUUGUAGGGUUUCUGGCCGACUGCUUUUUUGACGACCCGCAGUUCCAUAAGGCGAUCAAACAGGGUUUUGAAUCGUUUAUGAACACAAACACGGUGUGUGCUGGAUACUUGGCACACUACUUGGACGAGCUGCUGCGCUCCAAGAAUCGGUAUGAAGAGGAAAUGGAUACGCGCGUAAGUCAAGUGAUCGCGCUGUUCCGGUAUCUGCAAGACAAAGAUGUGUUUGAGGAGUUUUACAAAGUGCUGCUUGCCAAGCGUCUCCUGAAUAGCCGUGGCACGUCGGAUGAGGCGGAGAAGCUGGUGAUCUCGAAGCUGAAAGCUGAAUGUGGCUACCAGUUCACGUCGAAACUGGAAGGUAUGUUCAAGGAUAUGAGUAUAUCGAAAGACCUGAUGGAGCUGUACCGGAAGUCGGGCUACGAGACAAGAUGCAGUGGGUUUGGCAUCGACGUAUCCAUCGCGUCGGUGCCGCUAUCGGUUCACGUGCUCACGAGCGGGUUUUGGCCGACAGAGAUGGUUCCUGCAUGUGCUCUCCCGCCAGAGCUUGUGCAGCUUACACAGGUAUUCGGUUCUUUCUACAAUGCGCGGCACAAUGGUCGUAAAUUGGCAUGGAUGACGAACAUGGGCACCGUCGAUGUCCGCGCCACGUUUUCAGCGAGCGUCGAGGAUACGAAGCGUCGCCACGAGCUCAACGUGUCGACGUACCAAGCCGUGAUCCUAAUGCUGUUCAACCAGCGUUCUCAAUGGCGCUUCAAAGAGCUGGUUGAGCGCACGCGUAUUGAGGCGAAGGACCUCAAGCGGCACUUGAUUUCUCUGUGUACGCCCAAGUACAAGAUUUUGAUCAAGAGCUCGAAGGGAAAGCGCAUCGAUGAGGAGGUUGACGCGUUUACAGUGAAUGGCGCUUACAAGUCGAAACUACACCGCGUCCGAAUACCUCUGGUGUCACAAAAAGAGACGUCGCUGUUGCCUGCGAUGGCACUGAGCUCAAGCAACCCUGCCGACGCGCUUCCGCCUACAGUUGCCGAAGAUCGUAAGCAUCUCGUCGAGGCGGCCAUCGUGCGCAUCAUGAAGACACGGAAGCAGAUGCAGCACAACCAGCUCAUUGCUGAAGUGACUCGUCAGAUGACAGGUCGCUUCACGCCGUCCCCGCAGCUCAUUAAGCUGCGCAUUGAGAGUCUCAUUGAACGGGAAUACCUUCAGCGCAGCACGACGGACCGAAGAAUGUACAACUAUUUAGCUUGA